ACCAUUAACUUAGUUUCCUUUUGGUUAUAAAAAUAUUGCACUUUGCCAACGAAAGUGAAAUAAAAUAAAAAACAAAAAUGCAAGGCGAUAAAGUAAAUUCACAGGAGUCAAAUAACCUGCCAGUGACGACAUUUCAGUCGGAUGAUCUGCUGGAAAAGCUAAAAAUGCUGAAUUACGAGAAGCAACUAUUGAAUGAAUACAAAAUGAAGCCGCUCUCGCGUUUCUACUUUGUCAAAUCCUUUAAUCCAGGCGAACAGUUUUUCAUGUUUACGCUGAUUUGCUGGUGGCUGUGCCGAAAGCUGGGCAAAGAGAUGGACCGGCCGCAGGAAUUCGAUGACCCCAACACAGUGAUUGCCAAAAUAGUGCAAAUACUGGACGAAAUGGAUGUGCCAGUGGACUUCCCACCCAACAAGCUUAUACGCGGCGCCGGUCCUAUUUGUUUGAACGUUUUGGAUAUACUCGCCACACAAGCCACCAAAGUGGCACAGAUAGCCUACAGUCGUCCGCACAUAGCACAGGAGGAUGAGGUUGCGACCGAUUACUUGGAGGAUAAUGCGGAAAUCAUAUUGGAAAAACUGGAAGAUGAACAAAAUGCCGCCUUGAGUGAUGAUAGCGAUAUGGAAGUGAAUGGUGGUGGUGCUUUCAAAAAUCUCAACUGGGUUAAUCGCACACGGCGCGCGGAUCGCAAUCACAACAUUGAUUUGCCUGACGAUAACGCGGCCACGGAGCGCUUUACUGAUCAGCAGCAAUGGCGGCAGGAGUUCGAGCGUGUGCUGCCGCAACUGAAAGUUUACGUGAAAGCCGAUGCACGCGAUUGGCGCACACACUUCAGCCAAAUUGAGUCGCUGAAGGCCAGCAUAGAUGAGUGCUCUGAGGACACGCAAUCGCAAUUGAAAAAGCUGCACAGUGAAUUCACCUUCAGUCUGGAGAAGAUCGAAAGCCGGGAGAAGCAUUUGAAUAAUGAGCUGCAGUCCUUCAUACGCCAAUUCAAGGAAAUCUCCAUCGAGCUAUCCAAUGUCCAGCAUGCCCAGACGCAAGUGCAGACUGACACCGAGGCGCUUAUGACGCAACUGAAUGCCGUUAUACAAGAGAAUGACAUUAAGAAGAGUGAAAUGGAGCGACGCGGUCAAUCCAUGUCCGAUGGCAGUUCUGUGGUAAAUAUUAAAAAGGCGAUAAAUAAGCUUAAAGAGGAUACGGCGCACUUACAUUUGGAGGUGGCGCUAUUGGUGCAUGGCAUCGAUCAGGACAUUAUGCGUCAGGCAGGGAGUUUCACUGAGACGGAUUCCGGCUAUGAGACGGCAACAGUGAAGACCUUUUAGUGCGAGAAUUUAUUAUUAUUUAUUUACUAUUCUGGAUUUUGGAUAUAUUGGAAAACAUAUUUUUUUGUAUACAUACACACAUACAUACAUAUAUUUCCGUCAUAAAAGAAUCAGCCCACCAACGCCAACGAAAACGCCUACAUACAACCACACACACACACCACACCAGCAACAGCAACAGUCGCAUGCACGUGUAGUGGUUCAAACGCUUAGUAGUGUGCGUGAAAAGCAACAACAACAAAGUUUAAACGUUAUUAUACAACGUAAGCGAAGGUGGUAGACCAACAGCUGGAAAACACUAAUAACAGCGCGCCAACAAAUAUUAACGACAGCGUUCAUCAUAAAAAGUAGCAACAAAAAGUAUGUAAACAUCUACUUAAACAGCCAACGAAACAACUACAAAUUAAGUGCGCAUACAGCACAUACACACAC